AUGCUCGUGGAGUCGACUGGAGGCAGGCCGCCCAUUACUGAGGAUGGGUGCAUAGCUCGAAUGGUGUCGGUAGGUGGUGGAGGAGAGGAAGUUACGCAGGUGUUAGUUCUGGGCCGUCUCGGGGACCGUUUGACGCGGAAGUACUCCAUGGAGGAGGGGUGCCCUUUGGAGCUCGACGGGCUCUUCGAAUGGGCAAGGAGAAUGCUCGUUUGUCGGCCUGCGGUCGAAUCAUCCGAGUCAGCUGACGCCUCCAGAUACACCUCCCAAUGCAUGUUUGCAGACGCACUUAGGAAGCACCUAGAAGGCGCAGAUUCAACUGAAGGUGGUCGGGUGUGGCUAGAGGUAUUAAAGCAGGGGCUACCAGAUGAGCAUGUUGUAGACGUCGGAGACGCUACCGAAGACACCAAGGAGUUGGAAGUGUUGUGUGCCAGGUUAUUGACGCCGACGGAGCGGGACGAGCUCUUACCGCAAGUGCAGUCCGACUGGGUGCCCGUCAUCAACAAGUCGAUUUUAUCGGACGAUAGUUCUCCUGUUCGCGAGCAAGCGCACACCUGGCCGUGGAGGAAAAAGUUGGGCGUGAGCUUUGCUGUGGGCGGUGUUGUCCUGGGUAGUGUACUGACAGGCUGCUUGUUGUGGCGGGGCCGCUUCCAGGAUGACACAGUUUUGUUGCGUCCAAAAUUUGACCAGACACAUCCCCAGAAGACGACCUUUGUCGACGCAAUUACCGAGUCAACACUGGCCUCGUUGCGAACAGCGGAGGACGUUUGCGAGCGUGCCUUCAAUGCCUCGGUACAGUACCUGCAACCGGUGAGCAGGAUGGAUUGGUUACGACCAACUGUGUGCCGAAGCCAAGGUGGCCGAUUGGUUUGCGCCUGGCGGGACAAGGAGAAUCGUUAUUCUUGUCACUCCUUUGGCAUCCCCACCAAGUUCGGCUUCACCGCGGUCGGCGAAGCCAUCGAGCGGUACCUAAAACCCGAUGAGUGUGCGAUCCAGUGCGGUGGAGAAGCCCUGGACCUUUUUCAACAAGAGCUGAAGGAGCUUGCGUUGGAUGACAAUUGCUCCACGGGAUGUAUCGGUGACUGCACACUGGACAAGUUUGCGGCCAGAACGCCCAACUGCAAUUGUACCGUGUCAAUCUUACAAUGCCAGGUGGACGACGGGAAGGGCAAUAUUGUUGUUACGGGGACUCUUGUUGAUCGCCAUUCGGAUCCAAGAAGGCUGUCGAAACACUCCACUGCACUCGUACGACAACGACACAAAAUUCAUGGCUGUGGUGCAGGGUGCUUGAGGCCAAUAAAACACCCUUUUAUUUGA